AUGGCGGUUCAGGACUCGGCGAGGCCGCACAAGAGCAGGCGAGUGCUGAUCGUGGCGUGGGCGGUCAUCUCCACUCUCCUCAACUUCCUCCUCCUGCUUCAAACGCGCAACCCCGAUACAAGCACGGGCAGUGCCGUCAGCGGCGUAUCGAGCUUGCAAGGUACUGCUGCGCUGCUAGCCUCCUUCCCGCUGCUCGACUGCCCCCUCUAUCCGCACUACCCCGCCCAAGCUCCCUCAGAAACCACCCGAUGCCUUUCGAAUCCACUCGAGGUUCUUUCUCUUCCCGCUUCCCCCCCCAAACCUCCCCCCCCUUCCCUCUCCCACCUCCCCUCCCCCUCUCCCCCCCCGGUCCCGCCAGCCUCCCCUCCGCUGCUCAACUCCCCCCUCUAUCCGCGCGGCCCCGUCCAAGCGCCCGCUGAAGCGGCCUGCUGGCACCGCCAGCGCUACCCCGAUUCGCUGAGGGAGGCGGUGGAGGGACGCACGGACCCGUGGGCGCUCAUGAAGGCCAUCCCUCCCCCCUCACCAUGCACGGUAGCCGGCCUGCAGAUAGAGCAGCUGGAGCCGCAUCUCAACUUCCGCCGCGGCUAUGCUCUGCGGCACACAGGGGACGCAGAAGAUCGCCUGCAUGUCUUGCCCUACUUCAGGGCUCUCCAAGACCCGGCCAUGGGGAGACGGCGUCGUCGAGUGUACCUAGAUCUAGGCGGCAAGGAGUUCAACUCGAGUGUGCUGUGGAUGCUCAGGCACUACCCUCUGGAUUUCACGGAGGUGCAUGUGUUUGAAGUCAAGAAGGGGCUGUUCCUGCUGCCGCCCAGGCAGGAGAAGGAUGAUGAGGCCCAAUACCCCGAGAUACAAACCAGGAAGCGCCUCGAGAAGGUGUCGGUGUUCUGGCGGGGGGACGAGCCUCCCCCGGUGCCCAACUGGAUGGCCGACAGGAUCCAUAUUUAUAAUGACUUUGUUGACAACACGGAUUACCAUAAGCACGUGAACAUCACGCGCUUCAUCAAGCACGUUCUCAGGCUCACAGCAGGGGACACGCUAGUGGUGAAGAUGGAUGUAGAGGGCAAGGAGUGGGACGUGCUACCGGACUGGCUGCAAGAUCCGGACAUGCCAUCAAUAGUGGACGAGAUAUUCGUGGAGGUGCAUUACUCGCACCCCUCCGUGCUGGGCUUUGGCUGGCGCCCCUUCAACCACACAAGAGAGCAGGCGACACAGCUGCUGGUAGACCUGAGAGCUAAAGGCUUCUUUGUGCACCCCUGGCCCUAG